AUGCGACGUUUCGUGGGUCGUAAGGUCCGGACGGUCUUGAAAGUGGUGCGCGUGGACCCCGGUAUAAUCACAGCUCAGACGUGUGACAAUGCUACAGUCACAGUUCGCGCGUUGACUCGGUCGCCGUGGGAUAGCUCGCAAUUCGUCGAGGUGAUCGGUGUUCCCGAGAACGACACGACCAUUCGGGAAGAGUCGUCGACCGCUUUCGGAAAUAACUUCGACCAAAGCAACUACAACCAGCUCUGCACGCUUGUCCAUGGUGAAUUCCAUUCUCUUUUUCUACCAUGA